AGCAGCAGCAGCAGCAGCAGCAGCAGCAGCAGCAGCAGCAGCAGCAGCAGCAGCAGCAGCAGCAGCAGCAGCACCAGCACCAGCACCACCAGUAGUACAACCACCACCACUAUCGCCACCGUAACCACCGCCGUCACUCGCUACCAUCGCCGCCAACACCACCACCGACCGACGAAACGCUAUCCACCCACCCACCACGAUAUAGAUACCGCAACAACCGGCUAAACUCCCCGAUAACUUUAUACAACCGCCGGGCCCCUGUACGUCUCCAACUUGCUCCGUGCCUUUUCUCGAUACGCCUCUACUCGGAGCCUCUUCCCUUUCAGGAUAACCUUCGACCACGUGUUCCACGAGAUCUACAGCAAAAAUUCAUCUUAUAAGUACAAAGAAAAUGUAUUUCGUCGACACCAAAGUCUCCGUGUCUAGGAGCCAAGGGGGUUGUUUCCCCCGUGUCUAGGAGCCCAGGGGGUUGUUUCCCUUUUUCCUUCCUUUUCGAAACCUGCAGCGGAGGGUGGUAACCACGUGGUCCACGCGUGGUAGCGUGCAUCACGUGGUACACUAUUUCCUGCCUCGGGAUUAGAAUCUCGUGGCUUAGAAGUUUGGAUUUCUGUUUGUUCGAUCUCGGAAAAUAAUCGUAAUAAUCGUCGCGUCGAUAGCGCCUAUAACUUUUGCGGUUCGCGGUGAACGGUGUAGAAAAGCAGCGGAAGAGAUGAAAAGAAAGAUAGAAAGAGAAGCGAGGUAGCUGUAAGCAUAUUGAUCAGUAGACGGUAGUUGGCCUCAUGCCACGUGGUGAUGCUGCGAGAGGCGCCGGUCUUUUCUCCUAUUACGAGCCAAGGUUUCUAUCUCCUUUCCUUACUUUCUUCUAGAAUCUUUCGUUUCCUUGUCGUAAUCUUUCCUAAAAUCUUUCCUCGGCUUCUUUCUCUUCUCUGCGUCUCGCACGCACACACGUACCGGCGCUCCACCCCUCUGUUAUCUGCUCCUUCGUACGCAUCGAGGUUAGUCAAACGCUCGUAAUCGAACCCAGCGAAAUCUAUUCCUCCGAGAUCGUUUAAACUAAGACUUAACGAGCUAACCCGGGUGUAAAAGGCUCCUCUGACUCGGCCCCGCACCGACAUCGGUAACCUUGAAUACAGGAUCGAAAAGAGAGAAACGAAAAAAGAGAAGCAAUGUUCGUUAUACGACCAGAUAGAAAGGGGGAACCGCCUUCUUGGGUGGUUACAGGUUCCGCGGUCUCAACCUGGAUCGCUUCUUUUAGUCUCGUUUCUUUCGUCGACUUCUUACCUACCGCAAAACGGCGGCAAAUUUCGAAGGUGACCGUGCUCCGAAAACGUGGAGCGCUAACUCUAUCGACCGUCGCCUCUAAUUGCGAGCCGUUUUAUUAUCGCGUGCGCAAAGGGGUGCGAUCGAUUCAGCCUCGAAAGCAAAUGCAGCCUGCUUUAUCCACGACGAAACCGGGGUUUCUGCCUUAUCGAACGUCGAGGCGAUCCUGAAGGAUCACAAUCGGUCGAUGGUCAGAGAUUCGCAGAAGUUUCGCGGGACGAUUUUUCGAUCUUGUUGAUCAGACGUUUUAACGUGGGUUGUUUAUCGUUGAAUCGAGAAAGAUCACGGCCACAACGGUGACACAGCUAUAGAUGAGAAUCGAGUGGGGAGAACGAGACGAGACGAAGACGCGAUCGAGACGAGUCGCGAGCUGGUUCGUGACGCGCGUCUGGGAGCAUGCGAAUUAGAUUGAUCUAUCAUUGUCUUGUCUGGCCGUCGUCUCGACCGUUGAUCGCAAGCGAGGCAAAUAUUAUCUUCCUAGAACUGCCGAUCGUAUUUGCUGUCCAGACGCUAUCGUGUGGAAAGAACGCGCUCGAAAAAGGAAUAAGUUCGGGACAGUUUGAUCGAACGCGGAUGUGCGUGCAGUCGGCGUCGGCGGCGUCGACGAUCACGAAUCGGGGGAAAAUUAUAGGUACUCCUCUUUCGAUGCUAUCCGUCUUCUGCUUCCGGGAAUUUCGCGGCAUAAAUAGGCAAGUUGGUCUGCGUCGAGCCGGACGGGGCUGGUUACGACUCGGGCUAGGGAGAAAACGAGAAAUAACGAGGAAUAUUCGGCACUCCACGAUUUAUGCACCCCUUCGAGACGAAAAAACGGGAUUCCGAGCUGCACGAAAGCCUUUCGUAUCCUCCUGCCUUUUUUACCGUGCACGCGCUGCACGAUUGAUCGAUAUCGGUCCGUCACGCGUCGACGUUUCCUUCUUGUCCGAUUAAACUUUGAUCCACCGGGGUUCCCUCGAAUCGCCACGGCACAUUAAAACGGUUACAAUGUCGCAGGAAUUACAAUUGCUAAGGCUGCAUUUCGCGAAACUCUCAAAUUUUCAUUCCUUUUUCUGUUUUAUUUAUUGUACGCAUUUUGGUUAAAUAGAAAAAUUCUGUGAAAUAUUGUUCUGCUGUUUUAUUAGAUACUUAAUAACACAUCUGACAUAAGUUACUAAAAUCGGACGACGUCAAUGAAACAUUAUAUUAAUCAUAGAAUAUUAUUCAUAAAAAUAUUUUCAAUACAAAAUUUUGCAGUUUAGUGCACCCUCACUGACGCGUCUUUUUCAAGCUUGAACAACGUUCCUAUCUCGAUGAAAAUUUUGUAAUAUAAUAUUGUCUUUGCAUCCUACAUUUUCGACCAAUUAUAACAAACGAAACAGCGGAUUAAACUGAUCACUGUCUUUUUUAAUAAAUUCCCUGAAGUGUAAGGCUCAAGCCAUGUAUGCAGUCCUUUAAGAAAAAAGUAUCAUAAUGAACUUUAAAUUCAAAACAAGAUUUCUCAUAAUGAUAUAAAGUAAAAUUUCUACUUCCUCUUUGUUCGAUUCUCACUUAGAUAUUUGUUGUAUUCUGUAGAGUAUUGCAUCUAUUUUUUCUCUUCUAUCAGUUAAUUGCAUUAUACGCGAUGUUAAACCAGUGUAAUAAGUAGUGUAACAACUUGGAAAUAAAGAAUUUUGGAAUUUGAUAAUUUAUAAAAUUUGAGGGUGAAGAAAUUCCGGAAUCCAAUAAUCUAAGAAUGAAAGAGUUGAGAAAUCUGAAGGAGGAACUUAAAAAUCGUCGAGUUUACCUGCAUUUUCGAAAGAAGCCCCGCAAAGCUUCGCAACAAAGACAAAGCUUCGCGACAAGCGAUCAACAAAAAUAUAUCACAAA